AUGGCAGAGAUUCUUUCACAUCUUUCUUCAUUAUCACCAGCACUGCAUAAUUUGAGUGGUGCAUCAGAUAAUGAUUAUGACUGUCAACUGCGUGAUCUCAUCGCCUACCUGAGACAAUCACUGGCUGAUAAAUCGUCCAGCACUAUUUCUGAGGAUCACUCCUUCCUAGAUAGUAUUGACCCUGCUGUAAACUCUCUUUCUUAUUUGAUCAUACUCCAUUUCCAGGUCAAUACUAUACGGAGUAAGACCAGCGAACAAAUCCCCGGUGUCAUACUCCCAGGUGGACAGCUAUGGUCGAAAGCUUUAAGAUUUCUGAGGAGCUUCGAUCCCAUUCAAGUCAGAUAUGCGGGAGAGGAGUGGCGUCAUAUUGUUGAAUUUGUGGGCCAAUCUGCACAAGAAGUUUCAAAGCCUUUGCUAGCUAUUCGGCCUAUCAGGGAUGCCAUGCUUCGUCUCGAUUCAACAUGUGCUGUCUUCACAUCGACUCAUCUCCUCCUCAUAAGACUUUGUCUGCAAGCAAAGGAGUAUGCCUACGUUUUACCAAUCCUGGAUAAACACAUAUGUAAUUUCCCCCGGGACUCAGAACAGGCUUAUGUGAAUUAUCAUGAGCCUCUUCUCUUUGCGCAAGAUGGGCCUAGUACCACAUACAUUACCAGAUCUUCUGGACUUUCUGGCAAGAUAGCAUACGGUGACUAUUUGCGGUAUUUUCUUUACGGUGCUAUGGUAUACAUGGCGCUUAAAGAUUGGAGCAAAGCACAUCACUUUCUGAGUAUAGUCAUUUCUUCCCCUGUGACCAACUCCAUCAGCUUGAUCAUGGUGGAGGCAUACAAAAAAUGGAUCUUGACAAGCUUGUUAGGAAAUGGCAAGCUAAUCACGCCCCCUCCAACAAUCACUUCACAUGCGAUGAGAGUUUAUCGAUCACUUGCAAGACCCUAUCUUGCUCUAGCUCGUGCGUUUGAGGAGGGUGAUUUUCAUAAGUUGAAAUCUGAGGUAGAGAUUGCGCGGUCGGUCUGGCAUGUGGACAAUAAUGCAGGGCUUGUUUCCCAAGCAAUGGGUGCAUUUCAUGUAUUCACCAUUUUGAGGUUGGGAAAAACCUUCGCUUCUAUAAUGAUGGUGGAUGUCACAGAACGAGUGAUUUGCGCCAUGACUACCAAGGAGAUGGAAGCCUUUAUCGCAUCACUCAUUAUGACCGGCCCCAUGAAAGCGACCUUGUUGCAUCUACAACAUAGUGCUGAUCCUACGAUGAUCCGCUUUUUGAAAUCAACUGAGGUUUCGAGCAUAUUGCAGGAAACUGAGAUGAGAGCGCAGUUGGUUCAAACACGUGAGAUGUUAAAAUCAUUUGCAGUUAACAUAGGGGAAAGCAAUCAUGGAUUGGAAUUAAGUAAUGAGCAUAUGGAGAGCAUACAAAGGAGUCAGAAGAGGGUUGACAGUGCGUUGAAAAGUGGCAUUAGUAUGGUUAGUGAGUCAGGUGGUUUUGAUCUUGAUGAGGAUAUCAUGGGUGACUUAGGCUAA